UGCGGAAGUCGUUCCGUCAACAUGGCAGCGCCCUUGGCAGACAUGUUCACUGUGCAAACAUGAACAAACAUAAACAUAUAUUACUCGAGCGCUUGUCCUGCGAGAGCGGAAGAUGGAGAGACGGGAGUUCGUCGCGUCCCUUGUGGCUGGAGGUAGUGCAGGGAUGUGUGUGGAUCUCACCCUCUUCCCCCUGGACACUAUUAAGACUAGACUGCAGAGCCAGCAAGGGUUCUACAGGGCUGGAGGCUUCAGGGGAAUUUAUGCAGGGGUCCCAUCUGCUGCACUCGGCUCCUUUCCCAGUGCGGCUGCCUUUUUUGUCACCUACGACUGUGCAAAGUCCCUUCUUGGCUCUCAUAGAGUGCUAGCAGAGCCGUCAGUGGCACCGCUUACUCACAUGCUAUCUGCCUCCUUGGGUGAAAUGGUGGCGUGUCUGAUCAGAGUGCCCACAGAGGUGGUAAAACAGAGGACCCAGGCUUCGCCGUCAUCCAGCACAUCCGGCAUGCUUGUGGCUACGCUCCGAGAAGAGGGUGUUCGAGGCUUGUACAGAGGAUUCAGGAGUACACUUCUCAGAGAGAUCCCGUUCUCUCUGGUGCAGUUUCCACUUUGGGAAUAUUUAAAGACUCAGUGGUCACAGAGGCGAGGUCACACGCUCCACUCUUGGCAGGCUGCAGUGUGCGGAGCGUUUGCAGGUGCUGUGGCUGCAUUUGUUACCACUCCUCUUGAUGUGGCAAAGACUAGGAUCAUGCUCGCGAAGGCUGGAUCGACCACAGCGAGCGGCAACAUCCCACUGGUGCUCUGUGACGUGUGGAAGAGUCGAGGGCUUACUGGGCUGUUUGCAGGCAGCAUACCGAGGAUGACCUCCAUCAGCGUGGGCGGGUUUAUUUUCCUGGGAGCCUACGAGAAAGUGCGGCGCACUCUUCUGCCGCAGCGAAAAACCUCGCUAAGCUGAACUAAGAGUGACUGUUCCGAGCUGCGGGAGUCGCACCCAAAGGCCUCCAAGAAUCACGUGGAAGAAUAUCCUGUCCAGAUGAUCACUGCUACAUCUGCAACAAGUGGAUGAAGUUUGUUUGUUUUUUUAAUGAGCAUUUAAGUGUUCAAGUCUUUAUUCCUCUUCCUGCAUAUUAUGACUCAGCAGGAGACAUCCUCUGCAUUCAUUCUGCUUUUUACCCAAGAUGCCCUCAACAUGCGUCGUUUAAGUUCAACCAGUCUCCACAGGACAUCUUAUAUGCAAUUACGUCCAUUUUUGUGGUGCAUUUAAUAUUCAAAAGUCUUUUUUUUUUGUUUUACAUUGAUGUUUUAAUCAAGUUUGUAUUUUCAUAGAAGGACAAAAGCGACUGUUUCAAUUCUGUCUUUUCUAAACUGGGCUGACGAGUUUGUCAUUGCUGUGAGAUGUAUGUAACUCUUAAAGGGCCCAUUCAGUGAAAUAUCUAUCAUGAUUCUCAUCUGGUCGAACUCUUUUCCAAUAACUACUGAGGUUGUUUUUUGUCUCGUGAGCUUCUUUUCUUUAGUUUCAGUCACAUUGGUGUGAAUGUGAGUGUCAAUGGUUGUUUGUCUAUAAGUGCCCUGCGAUUGGCUGCCGACCGGAGCAGGGUGUACCCUGCAUUCUCGCCCAAAGUCAGCCGGGAUAGGCUCCAGCCUACCGCCGUGACCCUAGGGUAAGCGGCAUAGAAAAAGAAUGAAGAAUGAAGAUAGCAAUAACAAUACAUUUAGUUUGCAAUGCAUCAAUUAGAAGGUUUUUAUCCGAUCAGCUAUAACAGUAUGAAGUCUUUAUGCAAUUUGUUCUGAUGUAAGUAUAGUUGGCUCCUAUUUACUUUGAAAUAAAAACAAGCUUGUGCCAUCUACUUGUAAAAUAAUUAAAAUCUCACUUAUUUGCUCAUAUUACGCGCACAGCACUAAACUUUUUGUUUUCUCUGUCUCCUUUCUUGUGCACUGUACUUCUUGCACAACGCUGUCCACGUGAUGAAGUGUUCAUAAACCGCCUUUCUACAAAGAAAUUGACGUUAAUGCCUCUCUUUUAUACAUUAAACACACUAAUAUAACUGCCUACCCGUUUACCAAGUAUAUUAGUUAAAACUUAAAUCUCUUUGUACAAAGGCGCUUUAUUAAAGUACAUUUACCGUACUUGUAUUCAUUUACAGGGAAGCCUUGACACAUCCAAUAUGGCGGCGACGUUGACGUAUCGCAGCAGUGGACGAACCCACUCGAUGCUGCUUCUGUCUAUGGCUGUGUUAGAAACAGCCGCAUGCUAACGAAGUCUUCUAAUAAGAGUCAUAAGUAAUAAGAAUAAAAUAACCUCCCAAAAUAUAACAUAUAUGAAAUAUGGUUAUUGAUCAUCUAUGUUCAUACAUUUAAAACAUAACUACAACACGUGAUGUCGCAGAAGCGCUGCCGUAAAAAACGUACUAAAGCAGGAAGUGACGUACGUCUCCCGCAUGCGCAGAACCGAUUGCGUUUCGGUACGUAUUGCGUACUGACAGGAGUAAAUAGUAGGGCACGCUAGCUAGUAUUUACUAGUCACCGCAAAAGAUUUUCAACACAUCCCCCCCCCAAAAAACAAAAUUUUGCAACGUCUUUGGAUUUUUACAAGAAGGGCGCAAAACUUGAGCAGCUAGACCAACAGCGAAUCCCGUUGACUCAGCAAACUAAUUAGGCUUAAGUUAUUUUUGCCUCAGGGGUGAUUGCUGCCACGCCGCUGAGCCAACUUCCGAGUACGACGUCAAUAUGGAACACCAACAAUUCAACGAUUUCACCAACAAACUCCUCAAUCAAAUUGGUCAUCAAUGAAUCACGCCCAUCCCGAGUGUACAAAAACCAACAUGUUCAGGUGAAUGGGGUACCUGUUGAUUCUACAACGUGUCCAUUGGGCUGAGGUCCACUGGCGGCCUCCACUCGGAUACACACGUCCUGGCGCUCGGACAAAGUUCCCUGAGAGGAGAGGUAGCUCGGCACGUCGGGAGGAACAAUCGUCUCAUCUACGGACGAGGCAGAAGCACCAGAAAAGUUCUCUAUGAGUACUGUAUAUCUUUGUCACAGUCACAGCACAAUAUUACUUGUUGGUGUACAGCAAGGGUGUGCUAACUUUUUCCAUUGAGGGCCACGCACUGAAAAACGAAAGGAUGCCACUUUGAUAUUUUGUAAAUAGUUAUAUAUAUAUAUAUUUCAGGAAAGAACUGCAUUUCAGCUUUGUUAAGUAAAAACGCGUGUUAUUAGUUUGAACUUGGCCAUUUGCUCUUUUUUUCCUGCAUUUGUGCUCGUUUUUGAAUUUUCCAAAUUUUUCAACUUUCUUCUUAAAUAAUCUAAGUACAUUUUAUUCUUACAAUAUGAUGACUUUAUUCCCAUAAUAUUGAGACCAUUUCCCCAACUUAAUUUUCCAAUAAUUACAACUUUAGUUUGUUUUGUUUUAUUUUCAUAUCAUUUUUUCUUUAAUAUUUCAACCGUACACUACUAAAAUGACAUUACUUU